GGGAGGCGGGGGCUACUGUUAGCGGCGUGCGCAGUGUGCGUGGUGUCGUCUGAACUUCAAAAACAGUGCCGACCGUCCAGUGCCCUUCGUGUGGAAAGCAACAUUUUUUUUAACAUUGGUACCAGGACACUGCACGGAGAGCGAAACAGAUCUCUGUGGAAACGCGGGUCUCACCUUGAAUGACCUACCUAAGACUCGUGAACGGUGCAUGUACGGCGCUUGCAUACAGAACAUCCAGAACAGCAGCUGAUUUACGACAAAGGCGUUUGGUCAAAGACCAUUUGCUGAUUUGGGACUAGACGUGAAAAGGAGACGGUAAAGCAAGAGCACUUGCAACUUCUCGGCUGCGUUAAGUAACGGAGAGACGGACAUACCGACAACAGCUGACCUAGGCCAAAACGUCGUUCGUCUAACUGCUUCACGGUGGCUGUAUCAAAAGGCUUACGUCGGAGAAUAAACCCAGCACGACGGUCUGUGGUGCUUGUAUAAUCGCGACACUGCCUCUUCUACCAAUCUGCAAGCCUUGUGUGGACGGUGAAACGUGUCGCUUUGUGCCGGGGGGUUCGAGGGGACUUGGCUCUCACAUGAUGUACACAAUAACUAGAGGUCCCAGCAAACUUGUUACUCAACGGAGAACGGGCCCCACGCAACAGAUUGAGAAUAAAGCCAACGAUCUGAAGCACAACCAGAUCCACUGGUUGGACUCGGCCUCUCGGAGGCCAAAACUUGUAUUUCAGCGCAUGAACGGCAAGCGCUACCACAGAUCGACCUCACCGAAAGACGACAGCACAGAAGAGAGCUUCACCCCCGCACACGAGGAGAAUGUCAAAUUCGUGUAUGAGGCUUGGCAGGAGGUAGAGCAGAUGCUUGGGGAGGGAGCCCAGCCGGAGAAUGGGAAAGGCCCAGUGCAGUACGCCGAGAGGAGUCCCAACCCCAGCAUGAAAAACUUUGUGCCUAUUGAUCUGGAGGAGUGGUGGGCUCAGCGUUUCCUGGCCAACAUCGCUAACCUGUCUUGACGGGUGUGGGGGGGGUUGGGGUGAGGGGGGGGGGGGGUUAACUCGCCGGGUGAGCCGAGAGGAUGUGUUCACUCUAGGCCGGACUGCACCACACACAGACAGAAGCGUCAACCUGAUGUUUGAUAUCCACCAUUUCCAGACCCCUCUGCCUGACUGGCCAGUCUCUCUCACGCGUGUACUUGGAUGGUCUCACACGUGAACGCACACAGACAGGGCGAGGGAGAGAGGGAGAUGAGGAGCUGAGAUUUUUUUCUGCUUUUGGUUGUUUGUAUCUGAAGUGUGCUGAAAUGUAAUGUCUGUUUUUCUUGGCUGGCCUUUGCAUAAGAAAAGUGAAAAAUAGAUAAAAACAGUAAAUCAUU